AUGCUUAGCCUGUUUUCUUCUUCUUCUUCUUCUUCUUCUUCUUCUUCUUCUUCUGCUUUCUUUCUUUCUUUCUUUUUGUUUAAACUUUCUCACCACUUUCCUCUUUUUUUAUCUUUGGCUUUUUCCUUCCUUUUCUUAAUCUAUUUUCAUAUUUUUCCUUCUACGCUACAUUUGUCUCGGCCUUCUUUAUUUCUCUAUCUAGUUAUCAAAAUUUUCUUGCCUUUUAGGCGAAAGAGGAGAGACAACGCAGGAGCUUUGGGUAGUAACGCGAAGGAUUUAGGACUUCUUAACACGUUUCUUUUACCGUCAGACCUUUUCCCCGUCACCUUUUUUCCUUUAACUACUUUCUUUUUCUUUAAUCUAUUUUCGCAUUUUCCUUCUGAUUUCUUUUUUUCGUUCCUUUCAUUCUUUAACUUGCUUUUAAUUGUUCAUCCUUUUUUCUCUCUUAUUUAUCUUUUUUCAUUUCUUCUUUCAUUCUUCUUCUUUUUAUUUCGUCCUCAUAUUUCAUUUCCUCUUCAUUAUCCUUUUUUCUUUUUGUGUCGUUUUCGCCUUUUUCCCCCGUUAAUAUGGUUUCCCUCCUCAUCCUUUCUUGCCAUCACAUCCGACUCUUUUUUUCCCUCCACUUUACAGUUCCUCUUUCUCUUUCCUCUCUUAUCAUUUCUUUACUCAUUACUUCUCUUUGUAUUCACAUCAUUAUUACAAUCUUUUCUUGAGUCGUAUUUUUUCUUCCUAUGUUCUCCUUUUAAAUUCUGUUUUUCCCGCUCCAUUUUCUUUAUAUUUCAUCUUCCCAAUUCCCUUUAUGGACUCUUUUAUUUCUCAUUAAACUUAUACACACUUCCCGGUUCACUCUACGAGUUCUGCCUCUCUCUCUCUCUCUCUCUCUCUCUCUCUCUCUCUCUCCUGGCCUGGCUUCACGAACGACGAUCUAUGAAGUGGGUUGUCUACGCCGACUUCAGGCACGCUGCUGAGCGUCUAGGCCGUUGCGGAACAGGCAAGUCUGGACGCAGCGACCGCAAUUAA